AGUGUUCUCCAGAAGAAAAGCGUGCAUAAUUCAACCAUGCCAUACGGAGGUCGCAAGUAAAAAUGAUCUUUUCCCGGAAGGAAAAAAUGGGACCAGUUGUGCACCUCUUGCCGGAAUCAUUUUCUGCAGUCAUCAUGGGCAGCUGGAUAAAUUGUGGAAAGGUUCUUUUCGGUACACUUCUGCGACUGCUGGAAGGUGAAAUAAUGGACGGCUACAGUGACAUGUACUGAGCCAUGCUGGCAAUUAAAAAUCCGAAGCUCCAGUUGUACCGUCUCAGCCUGCUUCAAGCUUGAGCACUUGGGGAUGUGUGGAGAUUUGGGUUCGCGUGAUUAAAACUUAAAGAUGAAUUGCUCUGAAUUUAAUUACAAUAGUCCGAUGUUGUCAAUAAAUGGCUCAUUCAUCAGUGGGGAGAGUAGUGUUUUGUUUUCACAACAGAACAGUGAACUGGAAAGAGCGUUAUUAUUGACCAUCCAGGAGCCAACUACUAUCUCGCUGACUGUAAUGUACUCACUGUCAUUUUUGGUUGGCUUUAUGGGGAAUCUCACAGCGAUUCGGAUGCUCACCAGCCAAAGAAACAGGAGGGUGCAAAGUGUCAGCGCUACAAAGAGUUUACUGAUCAACUUGGCCGUCUGUGAUCUGAUGGUAGUCUGCAUCUGCAUGCCCAUCACCCUGGGCCAUACCAUCUACACAGCCUGGGUGUAUGGGGAUCUGCUCUGUAGGGCGGUGCCUUUCAUCCAGGCUGUCUCAGUGUCAGCAAGUGUACUGAGUCUAACUGUCAUCAGUGUGAAUAGGUAUUACAGUGUCCACAGCCCACUGAAUGCUCGCUCCUUUUUCACCCAGAGAAAGAUCUACAUUACCAUUAGUGUUGUGUGGAUUCUGAGUUCCAGCAUCUGUUCCCCUCUUCUAUUCAUGAUCAAGUUGGAUGAGAUCUGUUUAAUAAACACUGCUGUUCCAGUCUGCAGAGAACUGUGGCCACAAAUGAGGCUCAAGCAGGUUUAUAAUGUGCUCCUCUUCAUCACGCUCUACUGCAUACCUGUGGCUUUUAACCUGACUAUCAGUUUCCUUACGGGACAGAAGCUCUGGAGGGCAUCAAAGCAUUUCAAUGACUUUGACCCUCACAGUCAGGUGAUGUAUGCUUCAUGUUUAAAGACACGGAAGAAGAUCGCAAAAGUGGUCGUCACCCUGGUCCUACUCUUCGCUGUCUCCUGGCUGCCCCUGUAUGUGACUGAUAUCUUAAUUGACCAUGAGACGCAUCCCCCACACUGGAUCCUACAGACCCGGCCAUUCGCCCAGUGGUUGGGACUAACCAAUUCCAGCCUCAACCCCAUAUGCUACUGUUUCCUUGGGGAUCUGCAUCGCAGUGCCAAGGUCAUCAAGUCCAAGUACAACCAGCGUAUGCUCUCUCUCCUAAGCACUUCAAGCUCCACCAAGCUCCCAAGACUGCUCCUAUUUAAGCGGCAGGCAUCUAGCCAGAGGAAGGAGACUGGGGCACAGUUGUCUGAGGAAACACUCUCAGAUUGGUGCUCGCACACAAGUGCGGGGGACUUCAACCAGAUGGUGUCUCUUCAAAGCCUUUCUGAGAGGAUAGAGUCUCAGAGCACACCUGAUCUCAACAGUCUGUCAAUAGAGAACAUAUCACCUAUGGUAUAACAUGGCUAAAGGUUGUUCCUCAGUAUUGAAUGAAAUAUGGCUAUGAAACUGCAUGUGUGGGAAGGUUUUGAUGGGAGCAUGAUUAACUAAGAGCAUUACCCAUAAUUACUUUGCUCUGAUUUCACACUUUCGUCAUUUAAAAUUGAAAAAAAGUGUAUGCAUUGGACAUGAAUAAUGAUUUAGCAACAUGUAAUUUAAACUUCAUCCUGUGGUGUCACCUUUGGCACAACUGUGCGUUUAUGACUAAUCGUUUUAAGUCAAUUGAGAGCAAGAAAAGACUGCAACGUUUUAUCCAUGGUAAAAAAAAUGUCUUAAAAACUACUGCAUUGUCCACUCUGGGCAUUUUUUCUGAACUUCAUAUAAAAUCUGUAAAUGUUUGAAUCAGUGUUAGUUAAUCCAUUUUUGUAGUUUUACCUGCUAUAGCUGUAUACAGGAUAUUAGCAGCGGCAUUGGAAAAUAUAAGCUCAU